AUGUACAACAUUGGUGACGACUGCCCGAUCUUCCACGACCUGUUCACCUUUUGCAAGCAGUAUGCUGGUGGAAGUCUGGCGGCAGCACGCAAGCUGUCGCAGGGCGAGACGGACAUUGCGAUCAACUGGAGCGGCGGUCUGCACCACGCCAAGAAAGGCGAGGCGAGUGGAUUCUGCUACGUCAACGACAUCGUGCUCGGUAUCCUCGAGCUGCUGCGAUACCACCCUCGAGUGCUCUACAUCGACAUUGACAUCCACCACGGCGACGGCGUGCAAGAGGCCUUCUACUUGUCGAACCGCGUCCUCACAGUGUCAUUCCACAAGUACGCCGUCGACUUCUUCCCCGGUACCGGUAACUUGAGCGAGAUUGGUGCCAACCUUGGCAAGCACUUUGCGCUCAACGUGCCCCUCCAGGACGGCAUUGAUGAUGAGAGCUAUAUCUCUCUCUUCAAGUCGGUCAUGGAGCCUACGAUUACAACGUUCCGCCCCAGUGCCAUUGUUCUGCAAUGCGGUGCCGACUCGCUCGGUUGCGACCGUUUGGGAACGUUCAACCUGUCGAUCGCCGCGCACGGCGAGUGCGUUCGCUUCAUCAAGACGUUUGGUCUCCCGCUAUUGACACUCGGCGGAGGAGGAUAUCGUCAAUCGUCCGUGGCCCGUUGCUGGGCUUACGAGACGGGUGUGCUCGCUGGCGUUGAGCUCCCCAACGCUCUUCCGCCAAACAACUAUUACGACUUCUUUGGCCCUGACUACUCGCUGCAUCCACCUCUGUCUGGUCGCAUCCAGAACCAGAAUACCCGCCAGUCGCUGGAACGCAUCCGUGUCUCCAUCCGCGAAAAGUUGCGGUACCUCAACGGAGCACCAAGUGUGCAGAUGCAGGAGAUUCCACCGGACCUGCAAGGCCUAAUCGAGUCGGAGGAGCGCAAGCAGGAAGAGCACGAGGAGGAGGCCAACAAUGGCACCGCAGGCGAAUCCCGGUCCGACGGCGCCCCCAAGCGCAACGAGUACUUCGACCUCGAAGUGGGUGGAGACGGCUUUGGUGCCAGCGGCGUGGAAGGCGGAUAUCGCGGGAAGCAGACGCUGCGGUUCUAA